AUGGAGAAAGCCGUCCGUACGGAUCGUGUACCUGCGCACACGUUGCUGCACGAGCGCAGCGCGUCGCGGAGGUUCGGUGCGAUCAUGAGCCUGCAGUUCCUCACGGCAGCUUCGUUCGGCUUUAUGAGUCCCAUUAUCUCGCUCGUUAUGACGGAAUACUUUGCCAGGUUGCACCGAGAUGGAAUGCCAAUUGACUGUGGCGCUCAUUCUCGCAACGAGGCGUGUAUCAAAGGAUCGCAAGAGGCGGCCUGGUUGUCAAGUCUCUUCUCGGCUUCAGGAUCGGUGGCGAAUUUCAUACUCGCCCCAGUGCUUGGUCAAGCUUCCGAUGUCUAUGGACGCAAGCCGUUUCUCGUGCUGAGCCAGUUUGCCAGGGUCGGCACACCGUUCUUGGUCAUGUACAUGAUGCACCCGGCAGGCUCUAUUGCUCCAUACUUUGCGCUGAGGCUGAUCGAUUAUGGCUUCGGAACUGCGGGUGUCCUCAGCGCCGCUGUUGCCGAUGUUGUCGCGUCUGAGAAUCGUGCGGCAGCUUUUGGCGUUCUUUUUGCAAGCCAGUCCGUUGGCUACUGUGCCAGUGCCUUUGUCGCGUCGCUCUUCUCCCGAGAGCACAUUUUGCAGAUAACGGCUGCUCUGUUCGUGUCGCGAGUGCUCUGGGCAAUGAUUGUUCUGCCCGAGACACUGCCUACCCGAGCCCGUACGAGCAAAAUACGAUGGGUCCUGGAGAGUCCCGUCAGCUCGAUGUCGAUCCUCUUUCGGAACAAGCUGUUUAUGCGGUUGACGUGCCUGAUUGCGCUCACAAGCUUCGUGUCGAACGGGAUUACCCAGAUCCAGCCGUUCUACCUGAACAGUAUCGUGGGAUUUGACGUCAAGGAUUUCGGGAUCAUGCGACUUCUUGGAGGUGGAUUAGCUUUGGUGGGACAAGGCUUGUUGCUCCGGCCCCUGGUAAGUUGUUGCAAGGAGAAAGGUGUGAUCAUCAUCGCGAUGAUCGCCACGUCGGUGAACAUGGCUGGCUUUGCUGGGACUGCAUUCUACCCACACAAAUGGGCCAUCUACGUUUCGUGCAUGCCUGGUCUUCUCAGCGACCUGUCGUUCCCGGCCAUUGCAGCUCUCAAGUCGAUCAACGUAUCCGACAAGGAGCAAGGACGGUUGCAAGGCGCGAUCUACGGUGCGCGGUCGGUCUUUGCUGCACUUGGACCUGUCAUUUUCUCGACGUUGUAUGCUGCUAUGAACCGGCAGUCGCGCUGGACUGAGGCGCUCCCGUACGUGGUGGCUGCAUCCAUCUACUUUCUCGGGAUCGGAGUGGCCCUGUCAUUACCUGUCGGCAAGCCUGCUGCAUCCAAGAAAGCCCCUGCGAUGCCUGACGCUUUGCCGUCGCCGACACGUGCUGAUUCUCUGUCCUCUUCCUCCGUCUACUUCGAGACUGACGACGACGAGGCGGAUGAAGGCGAACUCGGUGCAAGUCAUACGGAUGUGGACGGUGACGAAGACUCCCUAGCAGAGCCACUACUCGGAAGCAGAUCCAGUCCAGCUGAAGUGUAA